AUGGGGGGUGGAGUGUCGAAGGGCAUGCAGGCGGGCGUCAAGACUGCGUCCCCGGCCGAGCUGCAGCAGGCGGUGGGUGGGCUGGACGCCGCCGAGAAGGCGAAGCUCCUCGACGCUCUGAAGGUCGACGACGUGCCCAAGGCACCCACUUCGAUCACCGUGUACUACUGGGGCCCCACGGUCAUGAACGCGUACGGCCGCGCCAUCGGCAUCUACCUGACGCUCGACCAGGCCGGAGUCAAGUACGACAUGAAGGGGCCCUCAGAUAUGCCCGAGGGUUGCGCCAUGGCCGUUCCCGUGAUCGACAUCGAUGGGUUUUGCAUGGGCCAGUGCCCCGCUAUUCUCGUUGCGCUUGGCGAGAUGUUCCAGCUGUCUGGGAAGACCCCCGAAGAGAAAAUGCGAUGCCUCCAAGCGCUUGAAGACAUGAACGACGUCUUUGGUGAGCGUGUCAAGAUCUCCGAGGACGCCGAGCGCAAGAAGAAGUGGUUCACGUACCUCGACAAGAAGAUUCAGGACAAGAAGUGGCUCGCGGGGACGUGCGAGCCGACAGUCGCAGAUUUCCAUGGCGUCUUCGCCUUCGAGACCCUCAAGACGAAGAGCGUGGACUUUUCCGAGUAUCCGAACAUGACCAAGUGGUGGGCAGACAUUCAGGCGUACCCAGUGGUCGCAAAGAUGUACGAGUCGUUGGUGGACGGGCGGGUGAUGAUCCCCCCGUGA